AGGCUUAUCAAGUACACAUAUCUUUAUGAUAAGGUUCUUCUGAAACUCGAGAAAAUCAGUCAGAUCAAGUAAAAACAGGUUGCAUGAAAAACCGCUGUAACAUCGGGUCAUUCGAGCUCUUUAAAUAUUAGGUAAGCAACUAUUUUAACAAUUGUGGAAAUAAAGGUGUAGUUGUUGAGGGUUUUGUUUUUUGGUAAGUAAUAACGUCAAAUAAGCCCGAAGCCUCACUUUGUUUCAUUUUUAUAUAUAAAAUAUAUAGACAUAUUUAAUAGACAUGAUUUCUUUCUCAUUACAUUAGUCAGAAAUGCUACAAACAUUGCUGUUCAUCUUGACUGUCGUUCAAACGAUAGACUGUUUUGGUGAGUUUUCUGUACCUUAUCUACGACAUUUAGCUUCUCCGGGUUGAGAAAUAUUACUAGGUGCAUUAAUUGAAAACAAAAUAAUAAACCAUGUUAAUAAUGUAAAAAUAAUAUUUUCCCUUUGCUUUGAGUCGCUGGUAUAGUGAGACAUUUUGAAAAUAUUUAGAAAAAUAUUACCAAGAUCAAGUUUCAGAUAAAGAAGAGGCUCCAGCUUAGUGAAUCAAAUUGAUCAUAACUACAAUAUUUUGAUUCAUUUCAGACCCCGAUGGUCCGACUGAUAACUAUUCCAUCAUUGUAGAAAACAACUUUAUCGGAGAGGCCAAUUUGUACAUCAUGGUGUUGUGUGUUUUCACUGUCCCUCAAAGUGUCUCAGAUCCCUUUAGGAUAACCUGGUUCAAAGGACGUCCACAAAACCAAUACAAUCAGAGAGAGUGCAGCUUUCUGCUGAAAGACUUGGUUCAGUUUGAAUCCGAUGGUGAAUACAGAUUAAAACUGGACUGGGGAGAAGGAAACGUGUAUAUCUUUCCUCAGGCGGUAAACGUUACUGUGAAAGAACUCACCGAGAAGCCAACCAUAAGCGUCCCAGCGCUCAGAGAAGGAAAACAAGCAAAGAUAUCAUGCACAGUCCCAGGGUUUUGCCCAAAUCCCAAAGCAAAUAUUGUGUGGACAGGGAUUGAGCCUGAUCAAAUUGACAGGAGCGCCUCAGGUGUGAUUGGCCGUGAGUUUUCAACAUUGACUUUCCAUCCUAAGUUUGAACACCACAAUACUAACCUCACCUGCAGAGUCAUUUUUCAAGGAAACGUCCAGACUGAAAGUACGGUCAUCCUCAAAGUAAGACAUGCCCCCAUUAUCCUGAACAGCUCUUGCUGUUUCGUGUGGGGCGAUGACCUGAGCUGUGUGUGUGUCAGCAGCGGUGUGCCGUUACCCCAAAUACACUGGCUGGUGGACGGUGUUACUGAAUGUUACAGUGCUGUUUCAGCAGAGAACGCUAUAAGCAUCAUAAACUUUUCCGUUGCUGGUCUCGGAAACCUCAGCUCUACAGUUUGUGUCAGUGAAAAUCCCAUUGGGAAGGAAAUAAUGAAAAUCCAAGUGCAGAGUCAGGCGGAAAAACCCAAAGUAAGCUGGAGUUUUCCCACCCCUUGGAUAUCGUUCAUCCUUUCCAUUGUCCUGAAUGUCGUCUUUGCUUCCUGUUUGAUUGCCGUCUUAGGGAGGAGAGAAAGAGACAAACGAAAAGUUGACAACCGUGUCUACAUGGCUGCAACAAAGACAGAGGAAUCGGUGUAUGAGACUAUCAAAAUGUCUUCAGAGAGAUUUCUGUGAUUUGCUCAACACGUUACAGCUGAAAUAAAGCUUUUUUUUUAUUGAGUUCAUGGCUUUUGUUACACUGUACCGUACAAAGGAACAGUUAGCACAAGCUAAUAUCCUAAAUCUCCAAAAUGAAGGACUUUUUCUUUGUGUCUCUCUUCAUUUCUCAUGUGCUCAGUGUGACCUAGUUUCUGUCUCGUGUUAAUUGUGUUUUUAUGUUCAGGUGUGUGUCAUUUAAUUAAUUGUCUCCCGUUUAAAAAGUUGCUAUGCUGUUGGAAAGUGUGAACACCUGGUAAUAUUUUAUUUUUCGAUAAUUUACUCACUAUUGAAUAAAUACCUGGGAUUAUGUUUGUUUCUUGUAAAAGAGACAAAAAGUAAUCCGAUCUAACAGUUUUUAAUGCUUUUUCUGUAGGAUGCAAUACAAAAUCUCUUUAGUUUGUUUUUUUUUUCUCCAGUUGUGCUCCUUUUUUUGGUCUUAAUUUUCUUUAAGUGUAAAGCAGCUACCAUAUCUAAAGUGCAUAGGUUCUGUUAUAUUACAGAACUUACAAAGCAGUCUUUUGUGGUAGAAGUGAUGGUUCUGUACUUGUAACAGAGUAGAAUUAAAUUUGUUUAGCUAUAUGGUGAGAUAUAUA